AUCUCACAGUUGUGGAAGCACGACGGAAGGUGAUACGUGUGUGUGAAGUGCGAACUGAAAUGACGACUGUGUCCUCCGCGAAGUACUUCAUGUUCUUAUGUUUAUCUGUGCUUCUGUUCUCCGUUUACCUCAUAAGUACCUCUGAACGCACUUCCAGCGUUGCUCCAGAUUUGCUGUAUGACUUCAACAUGAAAUAUUUACUGUUUUGGACUCCUAGAAGCGAGCAUUCCCCGUUUACUCCCAUGCUUGAGGGCGUCCAGGAAUUUGUUAAGCACAAUUGCGAAUACCAAAAUUGUUUCCUCACGGCCAACAGAUCUUAUUUUGAGAGCAUAACGAAAUUCGAUGCUUUACUCUUCCACGGAAAAGAGCUAUCAGUAGCGGAGACCACUGAAACUCUGCCUAAGUCAAGAUCUCCUAAACAGAAGUACAUCUUUGCGACCAUAGAGUCUGCGCACAACUACCCCAUGUGUGACCCUAUCUAUGAUGGCUUCUUCAACUGGACGUGGACUUAUAGACUCGACUCCGACGUGCGAUGGGGCUACCUCACUGUGCUGGACAUGCAAGGACAAGUCGUGGGGCCAAAAUCAGACAUGAGCUGGAGACAAAUGAAUGAAACCAUAGAUAGUGAAGUAAGAGAACAACUGAAGAUGAAAAGCAAGGCUGUAGCUUGGUUGGUGUCUCACUGCCAGACACGAAGCUUCAGAGAACUCUACGCAUUAGAUCUGAGGGAAAAUCUCAGCGCAUUGGAUUUAGAUAUGGACAUUUAUGGAGCAUGUGAGGGGUCGCAGUCGUGCCCCAGAAGUCGCGAUUGUGAUAGGAAACUGAAGAAUUAUUACUUUUAUUUGGCUUUUGAGAAUUCGUUUUCUGUUGAUUACGUGACGGAAAAAGUGUUGAAUGCGAUGGACAAUUUAGCUGUGCCAAUUGUGUUCGGAGACGCUAACUACUCGAGGUUUCUGCCUCCAGGCUCUUACAUCAACGCGAGGGAGAUGAGCCCAGAGCAACUUGCAGACACCAUCAGCAAUCUCAUCUCAAACUCAUCCCAGUACGAAGAGUUCUUUCGUUGGAGAAGGUUCUAUCGCAUCGUAGAAACGACGUCAAACGUGGACGUGUGCAACCUUUGCGCAAUAAUGAACGAUAAGAGGAAAUUCAUGAGUGAAUCGGUGUACAGGAAUUUCAGAGAGUGGUGGAAUAACAAAGAUCAAAAAUGUCCUGAUAGGAGAAAGCUUAUAUGGAAAAAUACUUUCACAUAGUUUUAUUUUCAAUGAUGUUAAUUAUUAUGUUUAUCUUUCAAUGAUUCUUUUAAUGAUUUUCUCAAGUGUUAAUAUGAGUAAGGUAUAUGUUUUAAACUAUUACUAAAAGUAAUUGCAAGUUUUAUGCUAUCGAUCCUGUAGCCCCGAAAAAGUUUCGUUUCUUUUUUUGAGGUAACGCCCUUUAUU